AUGUGUAAAGAAGACUUAGGGAUAGAAGUGUGUCGCUCGGAAGAGGGCUUGUUUCUAUCUCAAAGAAAGUAUGCUAUUGACCUCUUAAAUGAAGUAGGAAAGCUUGGAUCACGGCAGAACUACAAGGUUUUUCGUGAGGGAGAGCCCGAGGACCAACCGUUCAAGAAUGUAACACAAUAUAGACGUUUGGUGGGUAAGCUAAUUUACUUAACUAUUACUAGGCCAGACAUUUGCUUUGCUGUGAACCAGGCUAGUCAGCAUAUGCAAGCUCCGAAGGUGCACCAUUGGAACAUCGUCAACCGGAUUUUCAAAUACAUCAAAGGAUUGCCGGGUCAAGGAAUAUGGAUGGGAUGCAACAACAACACGGACCUCGUGGGAUAUUGUGAUGCGGACUAUGCUGGAGACAAAGGAGACCGGAGAUCAACAAGCGGCUAUUGCACCUUUCUUGGAGGCAACCUUGUCACAUGGAAGAGCAAGAAACAGAAAGUGGUGUCCCUUUCAAGCGCCGAGUCCGAGUAUAGAGCGAUGAGGAAAUUGACUACCGAGUUGAUGUGGCUCAAGAACCUACUUAAAGACCUUGGAAUCGACAUUAUGAAGCCUAUCACAAUGCAUUGCGACAAUGAGGCUGCCAUUCACAUCGCAACUAACUCUGUGUUCCACGAGAGGACAAAGCACAUAGAAGUUGAUUGUCACAAAGUCCGAGAGCAAAUUCAACUAGGCGUAACACUUCCCUGCCAUACCGAGAGCUCUGAGCAACUAGCCGAUGUAUUUACCAAGGCGGCGAGCCCUCAAGUCUGUGAGUACAUACACUCAAAGCUUGGACUCAUAGACCUCACGAAACCUUGA